CCCACAUCCACCACCCCAGCAAAAUGCCAUCCCCCCCCCCCGCCUGGGUCCAGGCCCUGAAGCCUGCCGACCCGCAAGGCUCGCAGCUUCUCUCGCAGGAGCGCGCCCAGUCCAAAGUCGACGUCGACCGACUGGCCGAACUACUACACACCAAGGAAUCGCUCGACCGACAAGACCGUCUCCUUGCGCUGCUCCAGGCCGAUCCGGUCUUCGACAAGUCCCAGAACCACACGCUAGGCCGCACCGAGCGGAUCCAGAAGUCCCUGGGCAAGGCGAAGCGGCUGCAGCAGUUGGCCGAGAAGAAUAAUUGGUCCAUGGAGGAGUUGCAUGCCGCGAAUGAGUUGCUGGGUGAGCCGACGCCGUAUGGUCUGCAUGCUUCGAUGUUUUUGGUCACCCUUCGUGAGCAGGGAACCCCCGAGCAACAUAAACUUUUCCUGGAGCGGGCGCAGAAUUAUCAGAUUCUGGGAUGCUAUGCGCAGACGGAGCUGGGCCACGGGUCCAAUGUGCGUGGUCUGGAGACUACGGCUACGUGGAACCAAGAUGAUAAGACGUUCACGAUCCAUUCGCCGACGCUGACGGCGUCGAAGUGGUGGAUCGGGUCGUUGGGUCGCACGGCAAACCAUGCCGUUGUGAUGGCGCAGUUGUACAUCGGUGGGAAGAACUAUGGUCCUCAUCCGUUCGUUGUCCAGGUGCGCGAUCUCCAGACGCAUCAGCCACUGGAGAACAUCUAUGUUGGAGAUAUUGGGCCGAAGUUUGGAUAUAAUACGAUGGAUAAUGGUUUCCUCUUGUUUAACCAUGUUAAGAUCCCCCAUGUGAACAUGCUGGCUCGCUUCUCCAGCAUUGACAAGCAGACGGGCAAGUACCUGCGCCCUGCCUCGCCGACGCUGGUGUACGGCACUUUGACCUGGGUGCGCUCGAACAUCGUGCUCCAGGCUGGUGGCGUGCUUGCGCGCGGUGUCACCAUUGCUACUCGCUACUGCGCCGUCCGGAAACAGUUCCAGGACCGUGAUGCCCAGGGCAACGUGGGCGAGAACCAGGUCCUCAACUACAAGAUGGUGCAGGUUCGUCUGCUGCCUCUGCUGGCGUCCAUGUAUGCUCUGCAUUUCACCGGUCGCGGCAUGAUGCGACUCUACCAGGAGAACCAGAAGCGUAUGAAGGCGGGUGCUCAAUCCGGACAGGACAGCCGAGGCGCUGGCCCGGAGGAGCUUCGUGCCGGUGCUGACUUGCUGGCCGAUCUCCAUGCCACUUCUUGCGGUCUGAAGGCCUUGGCUAGUACCGCGGCCGGAGAGGGUCUCGAAGUCUGCCGUCGCGCUUGUGGUGGCCACGGAUACAGCAGCUACAGCGGCAUUGGCCCGUGGUACUCGGACUACCUUCCCACCCUGACCUGGGAGGGUGAUAACUACAUGUUGACCCAGCAGGUUGCGAGAUACCUGUUGAAAUCCGCCCGUGUCGUCCUCGCCGGCAAAGGCGCCAACAACGACACCUGCCAGAUCCUGCAAACCUACCUUGACCGCCGCGACAAGGGCGCGUCAUUCGACGUCCUGGAAGUCGACAGCGACAUCGUGGCCGCCUUCGCCUGGCGCACCGCCCACCUCACCUUCGAGGCGCUCAAGCACCGCGACGUCGAGAAGCGCUCGUGGAACAGCCUCCUCGUCGACUUCUGGCGCCUUUCCACCGCCCACUCGCAGUAUCUCGUCGUCAAAAACUUCCACGAAGCCGUCACCUCCCCGCACCUCACCAGCGCCCUGGACCCCGAGACCACCGGUCUGAUGCACAAGCUCUUCCGCCUCUACGCCCUGCACACGCUCGAGCGCGAGGCCGCCGAAUUUUUCUCCUCCAGCGCCGUCACCACCCGCCAGAUCUCCCUGGCGCAGACCAACGCCGUCAUGAAGCUCCUCGACGACAUCCGUCCCCACGCCGUGCGUCUCGUCGACGCAUGGAAGAUCCCCGACUGGCAGCUCGAUAGCAGUCUCGGUCGCUACGACGGCGAGGUCUAUCCCGAUCUGUUCCGUCGCGCGAGCCAGAACCCGGUCAAUGAUCUGGUGUUCGACCCGUAUCCGUGGAACGAGGCGGUGUUGAAGAACACCCCGCCGAAGAGUAAGCUGUAAAUAUUGGACUUGCUUUCUUGUGAUGUAUGAUUUUUGGUUGGGUUGCUUUUGCACUUAUAUGAUUUGGAUGGCGUAUAUAUACUCUUAGAAGAUUUAUACGGAAAUACUACUAGACGACCUAGAGGUAAUAAUACUAGG